AUGCCCUCGGCCGAAUCAUCCACCUCCGCCACCCAGACCCCCGCUGGGUCCACCCGGCGCCAUCCCCUUCUGCCCGCCUCAUUCUCCCUUCGCCGACCUCCUACUGUCCGUAAAGCCUCCAAUCCUAAGCUUUCUGUCAUCUUUGCCGAUCCGUCCCUCUCGCAUGGCGCAACUCCCUCUCGGCCAGGUACGCUCGCUAGCGAGGAUGCCCUCGCCCGGCAAAUGAAUGCCGGUGGGCAGGACAUGGGGUUGAGAAGCCGGAGAAGCAGCUCGGCGACGAUACGGACGAUGCGGAAUGGGAGUGGAGUGACUAGUCCUGGAAUCGAGGAGGAGGUGAAUGAGGCGGGUCCGUCGACGCCGAGGGACAAGGUGGAGGAGGGGAAUAUGGUGAUGAUGGGAUCAUCAGCCCCGGAUCCAAUUGCCGGAGUCAUGGAGCAGGGAUCAGUAGGGGAAGGGAUGGCGGCGAGACGGCUGAAUCCUAAGCAGUCCAGCUCGUGGCUGAGGUGGAAUGCUCCCAGUGGGUUUCCGAGGUCACGGGCACCUUCUGUCGCGGGGUCGAUGGUGGACAAAGAGAAGGGGAAGGCGAGGGACGAUGAGGCGAGAGAUGCUGCGGUCGGAGUAUCUUCAAGCUUUGAUGAGGCAUCGGCGCCAACAAUGGAUACAUCGGGACCUUUUGGUCCUUCAGCGCCCAUCGCACCGGUCGUCGAAUCACCAACCGACCUUAUCCCACCCGACCCGCCAUCAGCCCAACCUCCGGAACCGUUCAUCCCAGCAGCGACCAUAUCAAGGCGGACAAAUCGGCGGAACUGGUGGAGUCGGACCGCCUCUCCUGCCCCUUCUAUACGGAACGGUCAAGGGAGCGAGGCAAAGGCGGCAUCGCUUGAAGUCACGGCGGAGAAUGGCGGUGAGGCACCCUCGGACCCCGUACCGGCGCCAGCUCCGUCGCUCCCAACGGCUGAUGACGUAUCUACACCUCUUCUCUCGUCUGAUCCGACAUCGGUCUCGGUUCCUCCUCCUUCCGUACCCGUACCACCAUCUCCCGCUCGGGCGGCCGACUCGCAAACAGCUUCCAUACCGGCGUCACUGCCCGUCCCAGGCGGCUGGCGGUCAUACAUCUGGGGCAACCCCUCCGCCCCUCCACUCCCUCCGGGCGAAUCGACCUCUGAUGACAAUACCGUCCCUCUCGUCCCAGACGCGCCUGGCGAGGCUACGGCGGCAUCAGCUCCACCUGCCGCAGUCGCAGUCAAACUCGCUGACUCAGCGCCGUCAUCCACCGACAAUCCAUCACCACCAACAGCUCCAGGAUCAGGCUGGGGAACAAUCCUCUUCUCCCUCGUCGCUCCCCAAAUCGCCGUCUCUCGGUCACUGGACUCCGCAACGCCGUCACAUCCCGGUACAUACCCCUCUGACCCUCCCGCGGAUCAACGGCCAGAACCAACCUCCUCGAGUCCCUCUGCUCCGCCCAACCCCUCCAUCCCAGGUCUUCCCAAUCCCUCGCCAUUAUCAACUCACUCCGACACCCUCUCCACACCGGACCUCGUCCCUUCAUCGGAAGCUAUGGCUCGGAAAGCCUCUUCUUCUUCAACAACGGGAUGGCUUAGCUAUCUCGCGUACCGCUCCACUCAGAAACGAGUGACGGAUGGGUCGGUGCGGUCAGGCCAGACGGGGGCGGGGCGGAACAGCAGCGAGCUGGGGGAAGAGGAGGUGAUGGAUCUAUCGGCGGAUCCAGAGUUUCCAGCUGCGGAUCUGUCUUCCGGUCAAGCAGGAGCAGGGAUCGGGGCGACGAAGACGGGCGCAGGCGACAAGGACAAGGACAAGGACAAGAUGCCACCUCCCAAGACUAUCCCCAACAAAGCGUCUUCGGCCGCCCUUACCGUCCGCGGGAAACGCCUAUCGAACUCAUCCAUCCGCCCCACUGGUACUCUUACUCCUCUCUCCUCAUCGCCCAAAACGGCCGGACCAGGGAUACCCGAUCCGAAAGGCGCACCCACCUCCUCCCCUCGACCAGCUAGCGUCAAGUCUUCCGCUCUUCCCACUCCGUUAUCUAUUCCAGCGCAACAACCGAAUCUCGUCAUUCCUACAUUUACAACGACGUUUGAUAGGCCGCCGAGAUCGUUCUUACCCCUACAGUCACCGGCACAGGAGGGCCCGGCGGCGGGUACGACGUCGGCGCUGGCUUGGCGGGCAUUAUCGGUUGCGGGGAGUUACGUGUAUGCCGGGGAUAAGAGCAAGGGGAAAGAAAAGGCGGUGGAAGUGGAGGAUGAGAGCAAAAAGGAGACGAGAGGUUUGAAGGAGGGGAGAAGUGUCGGUGGGGAUUUACCGAGACGGAUUGGACUUGGAGGUGGGGAUGCAGAUGAGGGUUGGCGGAACGUCAGAAGAGUGGUUGUUGUCGGUGUACAUGGCUGGUUUCCUGCUAAGAUGCUCAAUUCUGUGAUUGGCGAACCUACCGGAACAUCACAGAAGUUCGCCAAUAUGAUGGGCGCGGCGGUCAAGCAGUUCUUUACGGAGCAGGGGAUCGAGGAUGAGAUCCGGUUGACGUUGAUGCCGCUGGAAGGCGAGGGUACUAUUGAUUCGCGGGUUGAUCGCCUGUACAAAGCCUACCUCUCCAAUCCCGCCUGGAUCAACGACCUCCGCCGUGCCGACGCCAUCUUCUUCGCAGCCCACUCCCAAGGCUGCAUCGUCACCACCCACCUCCUCUCGCGCAUGAUCGCCCAAGGCCACAUCCGGACACCCCUCAACGCCGACGCCGUAGGUCGGUGCGAAUGGGCAUUCGGACCCGUCGGUCUCGUACCCCCCGAAUCGGCCCGGCGUCGAUCUCCCCUCUCCCCCCUCUCUUCUUCCGCCUCCAAGACGAGUCCACCCGGCAGCGAAGGCGGAUUCCAGAAGGUCUGCAUGUUGGCGAUGUGCGGCGUCCAUCUCGGCCCGCUGUAUAGCAUCUCGACGAGCAAUGUGAUUCAGCCAUACCUCCAGUGGUUUGAGAAUGCGGCGGCGAGGGAGCUGUUUGAGUUCCAGGAGAGCACGAGUGGCGUGAGCGUGGCGUAUCAGAAGGCAUUGGGGAUGGUUUUGGAGAAUGGGGUGAAGGUGGUGUUGCUGGCUAGUCUGAACGACCAAGUUGUACCCAUAUAUGGCGCCUCAUUCUCCACCGCCACACACCCACUCCUCCUCCGCGCCCUCUUUGUCGACGGGGCAAGCUACUCCCAGACCGACUUUAUGACCAACCUCCUUGCUUUUGCUUUCAUGCUCCGGAAUGCAGGGCUGGACGACCAGCGCCUCAUCGAACAUCUCAGCGAAGCUACUGCUGGGAGUCUGACGGGUGUGGGCCAUUCAUCGCCAUACGAAGAACCUCAAUGUUACGCCCUCGCAGUCAAAUACCUCUUCCUAUCCGGUCCGUCACAACCUGUCCACCAUAUAUCACCUGCAACCUCGCCCUCCUCGCCCACCUCCCCGACGUCAUCCCCCUUACAAGCCCUACGUAUCGAGCCCUUCUCCGCCCGAGAUACUCGGAACGAAUACGAACUCCCCUGGAUUAUGCGCGCGCUGGUGGACAGUCCGGAAGUGAAGGAUCUGUUCCCGGGGGAGUUGAAGGAGUUGAAGGAGGGAGUGGGGGCUUGGAGGCCGGUCACAAAGGUAUUGAAGGAGGUCAAAAAGCGGCUCGAACCAAUGGCGGGACGACAGUCGAAGUUGAGACCAAUCCCGAACUCGCCGUCGUCGGCGUCGCUGAGUACGCUCGCAAGUGUUGGAAGUACGGGGAAAGAAGGUCAGUGUCGUGAAGAACAUCGACUGCAGUGGGUCGAGCUGACUCUCUCAGCUGUAUCGGGGAUUGGCUUAAAGCGUGACUGGUAG